GGUUCACGCGAGGAUAAGGACCGUCCCGAGCUGAACUUGUCGUUACAAAUAGGAGCUGCGCGAGUCCAAGUGGAGCAGAGUGAAGCCACAGCGACCAUAACAUGAAGUAAGAGCCCGAGAGAGUCCGCAGUGUUACACCACACAGAGAGAGAGAGGAGAGAGGAGAGAGAGAGAGGAGAGAGAGAGAGGGGGAGAACUGCUGCACGCACACCCAGCCGUCUUCACAGGUAACAGGCUUCUUCUUUUCCUCCGUCUUUCACCCUUCUUUAAGAGACCUUCACUUCUCCAAAUCUUCACCAAGAAAAGACUCUCCAAUCUUCACUGAGGAAAGACUCUCCAAUCUUCACAGAGGAAAGACUCUCCAAUCUUCUCCGAGGAAAGACUCUCCAAUAUUCUCAGAGGAAAGACUCUCCAAUCUUCUCCGAGGAAAGACUCUCCAAUCUUCUCCCAGGAAAGACUCUCCAAUCUUCACAGAGGAAAGACUCUCCAAUCUUCACAGAGGAAAGACUCUCCAAUCUUCACAGAGGAAAGACUCUCCAAUCUUCACUGAGGAAAGACUCUCCAAUCUUCACAGAGGAAAGACUCUCCAAUCUUCUCUGAGGAAAGACUCUCCAAUCUUCACAGAGGAAAGACUCUCCAAUCUUCACUUGAAAGACUCUCCAAUCUUCACAGAGGAAAGACUCUCCAAUCUUCUCCGAGGAAAGACUCUCCAAUCUUCACAGAGGAAAGACUCUCCAAUCUUCACAGAGGAAAGACUCUCCAAUCUUCACAGAGGAAAGACUCUCCAAUCUUCACAGAGGAAAGACUCUCCAAUCUUCUCCGAGGAAAGACUCCAAUCUUCACUUGAAAGACUCUCCAAUCUUCUCUGAGGAAAGACUCUCCAAUCUUCACAGAGGAAAGACUCUCCAAUCUUCACUUGAAAGACUCUCCAAUCUUCACAGAGGAAAGACUCUCCAAUCUUCUCCGAGGAAAGACUCCAAUCUUCACUUGAAAGACUCUCCAAUCUUCUCCGAGGAAAGACUCUCCAAUCUUCACAGAGGAAAGACUCUCCAAUCUUCUCCGAGGAAAGACUCUCCAAUCUUCUCCCAGGAAAGACUCUCCAAUCUUCUCCGAGGAAAGACUCUCCAAUCUUCACUUGAAAGACUCUCCAAUCUUCUCCGAGGAAAGACUCUCCAAUCUUCACUUGAAAGACUCUCCAGCCCCCGACUGGCGUGAUGUUUCAUGACGAGUCCCAGCUGAUGAGGGGGCAGGCCGAUGUGUCUGUGCUCCAGACUCUGGACUCUCCUGCGAGUCCGGACGAAGGUGGAGGAGGAGGAGGGCCUCUGUCCUUCACAGACGAAGCCGUGUCCAUCAUGACGUCCAGCAGCCUGCUGGCGCGCUCCCUGCUGGGCCGUGGCUCCGCCACCAAACGCAAAGACAGCCCGUCCUCCUCCAGCGUGCGCCGCAAGCGCGAGUUCAUCCCCGUCGACAAGAAGGACGACGGCUACUGGGACAAGAGGCGCAAGAACAACGAGGCCGCCAAACGCUCGCGGGAGAAGCGGCGCGUUAACGACAUGGUCCUGGAGAGCCGCGUGCUGGCUCUGCUGGAAGAAAACGCUCGCCUCCGGGCCGAGCUGCUGGCUCUCAAGUUCCGCUUUGGCCUGGUCAAAGACCCGUCCAACGCCACGAUCCUGCCGCUCACUGCGGCACCUCCCCACGCCGCUCAGACCCUGUCUCCGCACUAUUAUCUCCACAGAGGGGAGGGAGGCCUCAACACUUCCUCCACCUCACAUCCCAACAGCUCCAGGGUCACCAGGGACGCCUGUAACAUGUCGGAGGACUCUGGGUUCUCCACGCCAGGCGGCUCCAGCGUGGGAAGUCCGGUCUUCUUUGAAGACCGGCUGAGCGACCACGGGAAGUUAUCGCCGCACCGGGCGGAGGAGCUGGGCUACGAACUCAAUCACUCACCUGCUGUCGACGUCCACCACGGCCCCACCGGAGGGAAGCUGGACCAUGCCGAGGCGAUGAAAAACCUUCCUCACAAGCUACGCUUUAAGACGGCUGGCUGCGGGGAUACAUUUGACGCUGCGGGGGACCACGUCGGUGCCAGAAACAGCUCGGCGCUGUUCCUGGGAGGACAGGACGGGCUGAGAGAUGCCCGUAAAGGACUGAGUGCAGGUGAGAGUGUCUCCUGGCUGCAGCAGCUGGAAGGGGAGGAACCUAGGAAGAGGACACAGUCGCCGCAAUGCAGCAGCUACGGCGUCCAGCUGCCGCCCAUGCACGGACAAACAGAGGUCCGGUACAAGCAGGAGAACACGCACCUCAAGUGUCAGCUCAACUCUCUGAGUGAGGAGGUGGCUCAGCUCAAGAAGCUUUUCACGGAGCAGCUGAUGGCUAAAGUCAACUGAGGAACAGUUCUCUCUGAGUGUUUGACAAUGUCCUGACUUUUAAAGGACAAAGUUUUGCUGGACCAUGCAGCGGCAACGCAUUCUCAUGAACUACUUCGUACGAUAUCGUACGAAAUCUUAUGCACAACAAUUUGUAUGAAAUUUCUGUGACCAUCAAGUGUUGACAUGUCAGUUAAGUAAAGCGGUCUCUACAGUUACAUUUAUUCAGAGAAAGGUGACUGUGAGCCGGGUACAGAGUAAAGGGUGACACAGGAAUCAAUUGUCGCUCCCAUCCCAUCCCGAGCCCACAAAAAUACUCCUGUCAUAUCCCGAUCACA